GGCGCGCUCAUUGCGAACCCUAAUUGCUCCACCAUUAUUUGCUUGAUGGCUGCUACCCCUCUUCAUCGACGAGCUAAGGUGUUACGAAUGGUUGUCAGUACCUAUCAGGCUGCCAGUGGUGCUGGUGCUGCUGCAAUGGAAGAGCUCGAGCUGCAAACUCGUGAGGUGUUGGAAGGAAAACCACCCACGUGUAAAAUAUUUAAUCGACAGUAUGCUUUUAACUUAUUCUCGCACAAUGCAUCUGUUCUUUCAAACGGAUAUAACGAAGAAGAAAUGAAAAUGGUUAAGGAGACAAGGAAAAUAUGGAAUGACAAGGACGUUAAAGUAACUGCCACAUGCAUACGAGUUCCUGUUAUGCGGGCUCAUGCUGAGAGUGUGAAUCUUCAAUUUGAAAAUCCACUUGACGAGGUACUUCAUGCUGUCAUGCUGUGUUGUUAUGCCUUUGCCAAACUUUUAGUUGAUUUCUUUAGGGGUACCAUAUCCGAGUAGAUAAUUGUA